ACUGGAAUAUACACUACCUUUUAGGAUAAAUCCAAGAAUAGAAAAAAAUCCCAGAAAUACACAUGCGUUUGCAAUCGCACUCAGCGGUCCGAGGCUUCGUACUUUGCGAACGUAAGUUUGUAACAAGAAAAAUGGGAAUGGUAUUAACAUCAGAAAUAUCACAUUGGGUGCGCCCGGAUGCUUGUCAGAAGCCGACUCCCCUAGCAAUGCAGUUGAAUUUGGAACUGGGGUUGGUGUGUGAGUCUUAUUCUUGUCUGCUAAUGGAAACAUUCUGGUAAUUGUAUCACCCAUAAAUAUGAAAUAAUUAACACAGAAACUAAACUGGGUAAUAAUCAAGGCUGCGUUAACAAUAAGGCUACCCCAUUGGCCCAGGACUAUGCGACCCAAGUCGCCGUAAGUUAUGGCCAAUUCCAAAUUCCGUCUUUGUUUCAUUUUUUGUUUUUCCACCUUGCGGUAUUCUUCGCUCUCCCCGUCAUACGGGCAGUAGUAGGUUGAGUUCAUGAUUUGAUCAAUUGCGGCUUUCUUGCAUUUUACAAUCAGGACGCAACAAUGGUCCGUGAUGUAGGCAAUGAUGAUCAGGCCGAUGAUGCCAAGCUGCAAUGUAAGAGAAACAGAAAUGAUUGACAGAACUGCUAUGUGGAGACUGUUGUGGACAGUUCUCAUAGGUGUGCUUUGUAACCAAUCAAUCCAUUGAGUGCCAGCACAUAGUCAGCACUCUCCCCUUGAUUAGAUUGAGUAAAAUUGUUUGCCGUUAGACAGAGUAAAAUAAUAAAGGGCACAUCAAGGCCACCUAGGGGUUAUGACCGACAGGCGACAUUCCUUAACCCAUUAAGUGCCAGUGCUCUCCCCUUGACAAGUAAAAUUGUCUGCCGUUAGACAGAGUAAAACAAAGAAGUAGGGCGCAAUGCGACUCAAUGGGUUAACUAGACACAUGGGCAGAUAGGCUAGUUAACCCAUUAAGCGCCAGCGCUCUCCCCUUGAUAAGUAAAAUUGACAUUUGUUACAAUAAAGCAAGCGACAAAGAAGUUACAAAAUGAGUGACAAGCGACCUGGGUUGCAUUCUGGUGGGCCUCAACUAAAGGGUUAAUGUCUAGCACUCUCACAUUGGUGAGUAAAAUUGUUUCAUGUUAGAAGAAGAUGCAUUACAGCGAGAAAAAAUGAUUUCAGUGAGUUAUUGCUGAACAUCACUUCAAUGCUCCUGCCACACCCAUCUUUUCAAAGCCAUGCCCAAUUACAUAACUCCUGGAUUGGUCAAUAUAUUGUUAUUUGUCAGAAAUGUUGAAAUCAGACCAGUGUAUAUUUACCAAGAAUCCACUUUGUUUGAAAGCAAAUGGUACAGACAAAUAGUUACACCCAAUAAAUGCUUUGAAAACAUUUGCAAAAUCCGAAAGCUUGUUCCAAAUUGAAUGUCUACAAAUGGAACAAAUUAUGUAAGAAUUACAUACUAGUGCCAGACCUUUUGACUCACACAAUACACUCUUCCAGAAAGUGUGUCACAGAGCCGAUCGCUUUCAUGACUGACAGAUUAUAGGCUUUAACUAAUGUCACACAGACGAAAAGGAGGGCUACAUGCAUGUAAAAUUGACUUCUGGUAAUAGUAAAAUGCAUCGAUCCACUAUGUACACUACAGUGGAUCGAUACAGAAAGACCAUGAAAGAGACUUGGAGCAAGUCUAGUCCGAAGGGGGAGAGAAGAUAACCUCCAAUUUCUUUGUGUGGAAGGGUGUGCAGCUGGAAUGAACCAAUGUUGAACUGUUCAGUAGUGAUCAAGUGACAGAACAAGAAAAUAAUCAAAGUUCGGUUCACUAUAGUAAAUAUAGAAAAUAAUCAAAGUUCGAUUCAUGUAGUAAACUUGUAAUAGGUAACAAAUAAGCCAGGGUGCAUUUUAAGUGCAAUACGCCAAAGAUCUUUGGUGUGAGUUUGGCAAAUUACAAUACUAUCUAUAGUUAAUAUUGGCGUAUCUUCAGCAUAGAGAUUACAUGGAACGCACCCUGGCAAAGAAGUAGUUAAUUUUUCUGCUCCUUUCUGAGUGUCAACAUGUCUAAGUUGACAAUGACAAUGACAUGCAAUUUAAUACUGGUUGAAACCACAUUAUGUAUACUAUAUGGACUGUAUUGAGUAUUGAACAAUGGCUGCUAUAUACAUAUAUAUGAGAAAAUAAUAAAAUAUAUUGACAAAAUAUUCCAUUUUAUAACACAAUAUAACGCAAAACUGCCAGGCGCCUACGGCGCAGAAUUUACUAGCAUUAGUAGAAUACACAUAGCUCUAUAUUUCAUAAAGUAUCGCGCAAAAUAUGCAGCUUUUAACUCGUUUCAACAGGACAAAACCAGAAUUCAAACAGGUUUUACAAAUUUCAACGACUGGUCAUGCGAGAUCUAUUAACAAAAUCAUAUUAAAAUUGUUAGUCUUAUAUAAAUACCCAUGGGAGUUGAAUUAAUAUGUAUUUUAUAAUUCCCUAAGUAUCAAAAUCAAUGUUUAAUUUCUAUAAAUAUAAAAAGUACCUUGUAGCUCGCUGCUUCUCUACGAUCGGCAAUUCUGCCAUAUUUGUUAAAAUUCGUUGUUUAUAUAUUUAUAAAAAUAUACUUCGCAUUUCCAAUUUUCUAUCGCUAAGCGAGUCUUGUAGAAUUAAAAAUCUGUCGUACGGAAUAUUCCAAUAAAAAUACUUAGUCAUUGAGUAAAAAAACAUAAAAAUAUGAAGAAAGUCCAAGAUAAACGAUUCGCCGAUAAUUCCAUGACAAUAAAAUAAAUCUAUUUCCGGUCAUGUGCAGGUCAUUGGGGCGGGCAUAUUCUGAAUUUCUGAUUAUUUAUUGUACAGCUGUGAAUCUAUCAUCAACAGAUUGAUUGGAUGGUUACUGGAUUGAAAAACGUAUUGAUUAAUCGAUUGCUACACCAUCAAUUUAAUGACUGAUUACAUAAUUGUCAAUCGAUUGACUUUUUGAACAAUAUUGGUUGAUUAAUUCAUCGAUUAUUAGAUAGAUUGAUUAAACGUUAACUGGAUCAACAAUCGAUUGACGACAAUCGAUUGAUUGAUCUACUCAAUUCCAUUAAUUUAUUUACUGACUAAUAAUUACUAAUAGAUCGACUGGUUUACUGUUUUGAUGAAUCAAUGAUCACUUGAAAACUAUUAAUUGGUUCAUCUAUUCUUAAUAGAAUGCAAUCAAUCUGCUGAUCAAUCAGUUUUAACCAUUGAUUGAAGCAGUGAUUAUAGCCAAUUUCCUGGAAAUAAUGUACUGUAUCGAGCAAAGAUUUCCAAGAAUCCAAGGGAAACGUCCGCGCAAAUGGCGCAAAUGCUCGAACGCCGAAGCCUGGGGUGGAGUCAGGCAAGAUGGCGGAUGAUAAUUCACAGCGUAAGUGUUUUCGGAAAAAAAUCGAAAAAAAUAUUUUUCUUUUCAUAAAUUUUAAUUUAUACGCGUUAUAAUAUGAAGAAAGUAGUGUACUUUCAUGUGCAAAUGUUUUUAUUCGCUUAAGGUGGAGGAGAAAGCUGUACUGAGACGAUGGAACAGGGGCAGCCUUGUAGUGACGAACCAGAACAUAAUGAAAGUAUGAAAGGUAUGUAGGUAAUGCGAGAGGGAAAGACUAUACGUAUACAAGCUAGGCUGGGCCAGGCAAUGCUAGCUAGCUUACUCCUUAGCGUAGAGCUAGAAUCCCGCACCAUAUUUGUGGAAAUAUACAUUAUUAUUUAUAGGGCUCAUUAUUAUUAUACUGCAUGCCAUGCAAUUUUUUAAAGUAUAGUCAUACACUCAUACACUCUUUACAGUAAGGGUCUUGUAGAUUGAAAUUAUCGAAUGGAAAUUUAUAUACAUUUAUAAGUUCUAACCAGUACAGCUGCGAAAAAAUGCAACUACAGGUCCCUGUCAGGAAUUGAACCUGCAGCGGAAGCUGGUCAACUCGGUCACAAAUGAUAGAUAAUACCAGAUGAAUCACUCAGCCAAAAUUGUGUCGGCGAUUUUUUAUGAGCACGCGUUGGCCGCCAUUUUGGCAGUAAGUGUAAUCCACGCCAUGAAACAUGAGCAAUCACACAUUUUGGCAGUAAGCGCCAUUUUGGCAGUAAGUGUCGCAAACGUCAUCUGGCGUGAUAGCCUCGCGAAAAUCGUGGACACGAAAAUCAUAGGGAUAGAUACACAGUGAUUCAUCUGGUAUAAUCUAUCACCUGUGACUCAGUCCACAUGACCAACUCGGCCCAUACCAUCUUGGCCCAAUUGUUAAAUACUGUUUGACAUAUUAGGAAAGCUAAUAUUUUACAAAUGAUAGGACCAUACCAAUACAGCCAUUUGCAGUUGCAUUGGGUAUUCAGAUGAGUAAAGUUUGAGAACAUCCAGUUUGAAUGUAAUUAAAGAAUCUAUCGAAGUUUCAAAUUCUCGAUCUGUCCGUUUUGAUACUAAAUUACUGAUCAUUUAAACCUCUCUCAAAAUUUGCAAAGAUAGAACGUAGUCAUGGCUCCUAACUUGUUUAAUGGUUAGAUUAGUAAAGCCCUGCGGUUCCGGUGCAGCGCUCUAACCAACUGAGCUACAGAGGCCAGUUGUUGAGAUGCCAUCAAAAUGUGUGAGUGCCAAGAAAAUCUUGAUGCUUACAAUAUGCACUGUCGGCAUAUGUUCAACCAAACAUAUCAAUUUCAUUUUCAGAAGUUACAGAACUAAUAAAUGAAGAUCUAAAUUCAGCAGAUAUAAAGAAGUCAAGUGAGGAUAUCCGACCAUGCAGAAAUGAAGAAGGUAUCAUUUGGUUUGUCUUUUGCACAGUCAAAUAUCUAUGGGAUAUAUACAAGACUAUAUAACGUAGCAUUUUUCUGAAAUACAAGUGCCAUGAGCACAAAAUACUAUAAAUGUAGUUCUCAGAAUGCAGGAAAUGUCUUUCAGGGCUUCAAAUUUCAACAAUUUUCUAGGUGAGAAUUCCCUGUCGUAAUGCACCCCCUUCUGGAAAACCUCCCCCUUUAACAAAUGAGGCCAGAACCGCCCCUGAUCCCAAUCUAAUAAAGGGUGCCGAAGUCUCCAAUUUGAGACAUCCUAUGUGUAAUGCUUUAGAGACCAAAUGUUCUACGGAGGAAGAAACGGCAGGAGAAUGUUCUCAAGAAAAUUCUGAAACAACAUGUCCUGAAAAUAUGAUCAGUUUUCGUGUCGUGUGGAACAAAAAGAACUAUGAUGUCACAUUCAAUGCUAAUGACACUGUAGAAAACUUGAAGAAACACAUCGAGACGUUAACAGGUGAUGAUAACGCAACUUUUUUCAUAUUUUAUCAAAAUGAAAUGUAGUGAAUGAAUUAAUGCACAUGAAUUUGUCAAAUUAUAUUAUUCUGGCCACUAGGUUUACCAGUCUCGACGCAAAAGUUGAUGUUCAAAGGUAAGAUUCUCAAGUCCCCAGCACUUAAAAAAUAGGCAUUCGGACGUACAACUGUACACUGAAAUUACCUUGGCGUAUGGUAUGCCAAGAAUUUCAGACAAGUACGAUCGCAUACACUUCCUACAUCAGAGCUGAACUGUUACCCCUUUCUGUUUGCUUUAAAAUCCAUAUAUGGAAUAUCCAUAUAUUUAUAACAAUCAAAGAUGAAACAUUGAUCUAGAAACAUCGAGUUCACUGCUCGAACCCCAGACAGCCAUCUUUGUUUAUGUCAUUUAAAUCCAGCAUUUCAAAUGCAUUUUUAUACGUACAACCUCGUACGGCAUUCCCGAUUUAUUUUUUAAGCCCUGCAUUGUCCCAUAUACAGACGAGCAAGUUUUCUUGACAAGUUUAUACCUUGUGUGUACAGUCAACAAGUUUUCCUUGACAAAUUUUGUACCUUCUUGUGUGUGCGGUUGACAAGUUUUCCUUGACAAGUUUAUACCUUCUUACGUGUACAGUCAAGAAGUUUUCCAUGACAAAUUUUGUACCUUGUGUGUGCGGUCAACAAGUUUUCCUUGACAAGUUUAUACCUUCUUGUGUGCACAGUCAACAAGUUUUCCUUGACAAAUUUUGUACCUUCUUGUGUGUGCGGUCGACAAGUUUUCCUUGACAAGUUUAUACCUUCUUGCGUGUACAGUCAAGAAGUUUUCCAUGACAAAUUUUGUACCUUGUGUGUGCGGUCAACAAGUUUUCCUUGACAAGUUUUUUUGUGUGUGUUGUACGUGUUUUAAAAACAUGUCAUGUCAAGACAGUCCUUACAGUUUUGUUAGACUAUAUUCGGUAAUUCUUCACAGGUUUAGUUAAAGAUGACACAAAGACUUUAAGUGAUUUGAAAGUUACAAACCAUUCUAAAAUGAUGGUGAUUGGCUCAACUGUAAAGGACAUCAUGGCGGUGAACAUUCCACCAAGUGCGAAAGCUCUCAAAGAAGAAACCACAGCCACAGGUAUAAAAACAGUUUAGGUACCACGUAAUAUUCAAACAUAAGCCAUCAUGGUUUGUGUCUGAAAAAGAUAUCUCAAAUGUUGUGGUCUAAUGUAGGUAGUAUUCUGGAAUAAGCUGCCGUGCUUUGUGUCUGAACUACCGUACCUAAAACGAUAUCUCAAACAUGGUGGUCCAGUGUAGGUAGUAUUCUACAAUAAGCUGCCGUAGUUUGUGUGAACUGCCUGAAAAAUAUAUCUCAAACGUGGUGGUUCAGUGUAUAUAGUAUUCUACAAUAAGCUGUCGUGGUUUGUGUCUGAACUAGCUGAAAAAUUCAUCUCAAACGUUGAAACGAGGUGGUUCAGUGUAGGUAGUAUUCUACAAUAAGCUGAAGUGGUUUGUGUCUGAACUACCUGAAAAAGAUAUCUCAAACGUGGUGGUUCAGUGUAGGUAGUAUUCUACAAUAAGCUGAAGUGGUUUGUGUCUGAACUACCUGAAAAAGAUAUCUCAAACGUGGUGGUUCAGUGUAGGUAGUAUUCUACAAUAAGCUGAAGUGGUUUGUGUCUGAACUACCUGAAAAAGAUAUCUCAAACGUGGUGGUUCAGUGUAGGUAGUAUUCUACAAUAAGCUGAAGUGGUUUGUGUCUGAACUACCUGAAAAAGAUAUCUCAAACGUGGUGGUUCAGUGUAGGUAGUAUUCUACAAUAAGCUGAAGUGGUUUGUGUCUGAACUACCUGAAAAAGAUAUCUCAAACGUGGUGGUUCAGUGUAGGUAGUAUUCUACAAUAAGCUGAAGUGGUUUGUGUCUGAACUACCUGAAAAAGAUAUCUCAAACGUGGUGGUUCAGUGUAGGUAGUAUUCUACAAUAAGCUGAAGUGGUUUGUGUCUGAACUACCUGAAAAAGAUAUCUCAAACGUGGUGGUUCAGUGUAGGUAGUAUUCUACAAUAAGCUGAAGUGGUUUGUGUCUGAACUACCUGAAAAAGAUAUCUCAAACGUGGUGGUUCAGUGUAGGUAGUAUUCUACAAUAAGCUGUCUUUGCCAAUGUAGGUAGUGGCAAUCAAAUGAACAAGCUUUGGUUGGUAGGGGUACAACUACCUGAAAAAUAUAAGGAGAAUUUCGGGAGUCAAGUAUGAAAUUUUCCUUAAUAUAUUUUUCAGGUAGUUGCAUCUCUACCAACGAAAGCUUGUUCAUAAUAAUGACAUGUCUAUAUUUUUUUGCCAUUAGCUUCAACGAAAGAGCCUUGGUCGAAACAAAAGGUACAAUAACUACAAUGAUUGAUGUGAAAUGUAAAAGUUUUAAGUUGACUUCAAGGCUUUAAACUGGACUACAUUGUAUAUACUUCUGUUGCUUCGUAUUUCAGAUGCAUAAAAAAAUUCUAGACAAAGGCAAACCAGAUGACGCUAUGCCUGGAGAUAAGACGAAAAAGGUAUCUCAAUAUUCCUGAAAUGAAACCACCGGAGUCGAUCAGGGCCGGGAUCGAGGCUCGUUUGAUUGACCAAGAUUUUAAGUACUAGAUAAAACAUGAGCAGCCGAUCUGUAUCUGAUAUACAAAUGCCAGAACUCCGUUUUCAAAUGCCAGAAUUCCGUUUUCAAAUUAUGCCAGAACUCCCUUUUCAAAUGCCAGAACUCCUUUUUCAAAUGCCAGAAUUCCGUUUUCAAAUGCCAGAGCUCUGUUUUCAAAUGCCAGAACUCCUUUUUCAAAUGCCAGAAUUCCGUUUUCAAAUGCCAGAACUCCCUUUUCAAAAGCGAGAACUCCUUUUUCAAAUGCCAGAAUUCCGUUUUCAAAUGCGAGCUCUGUUUUCAAAUGCCAGAACUCAGUUUUCAAAAGAAAAAACUUCGUUUUCACAAGCCAAAACUUCGUUUUCAAAUGCCAGAACUCCUUUUUCAAAAGACAGAACUCCGUUUCUUCGGUGCCUGGUCCCCUUUCGCCACCUGCAAGCUUCAAUGAAAACCGGGAAAGUUUGAACCACGCAGGGUAACUGAAAAUGUUUUUGGCUACCUGCAAAAAAACUAAAUAUAUACCGGUAUGGUGUCUUAUAUCUGAUCAAGCAUGAACUGCGAGUGUUUUCAAUGGCUUAAAAAACAAACCAUCUGAUGAAGAAAUUUGACGAAGAAAUUUUAAAAAUCAACGUUGUCCAAGCCGAGAACAUCAAAGCUAAAGUUUAUGUAAAUGACCUUGAUUUUUGAUCACAUAUAAAACCACUGACACGACAGUAAUUUCAUUUGUCUUUUCCUCAUAAAUUAUUAAUGAGCUUUUUAAGUAUGCCAUUAAUUUCAUAUUCCAAAGGAGCCGUUACCACGACAACCGAUCUCAGGGAUGUUAAAUAAAGCUGCAGGAAAGGUCAGAUUAACAUUUAAAUUAGAACUCGAUCAACUAUGGAUUGGAACGAAAGGUAAAUUUUUGGAAACUGUAGUAUGGAAAUAGUAUGGAUAUACUAUGGAUGUAGUGAUGCAAUCGCAAAUUUCAUAGUAUGGAUUUCGUUAUUUUUUCAGUGUAUAUAAAUGGUGUCAUAUUCGUUUUCAUUUCGUCUUGACAGAACGAACAGAAAAGGUUUCCAUGGGUUCUAUAAAGAAUGUUUUAUCUGAACCAAUAGAAGACAACGACGAUUAUCACGUGUUGGUAAGUUCCCUGAACUUGUUUCGGUCUCUUAUGGUUGCUGGAAACCUACAUGAAACUAACUUAUAUAAUGGAUUAGUUUUAAACUGUAGUUACACUAGGGUAUAUGUGAUUGGAUCUAAACUGUUACGCCCUAGAGGUCCAGUAAGGAUCAUCUCUCUUAUUGAUCCAGUGUUACCACAGGAGGAAACCUAAACUAAACUAACUUUAUUUAUACUGGAUAGCUCUAUCAGUUCUAAACUGUUCUCCCUAGAGGUCCAGUAAGAGUCAUCUCUUAUUGAUCCAGUGUUACUACAGGAGGAAACCUAAACUAAACUAACUUUAUUUAUACUGGAUAGCUCUAUCAGUUCUAAACUGUUCUCCCUAGAGGUCCAGUAAGAGUCAUCUCUUAUUGAUCCAGUGUUACUACAGGAGGAAACCUAAACUAAACUAAACUAACUUUAUUUAUAAUGGAUAGCUCUAUCAGUUCUAAACUGUUCUCCCUAGAGGUCCAGUAAGAGUCAUCUCUUAUUGAUCCAGUGUUACUACAGGAGGAAACCUAAACUAAACUAAACUAACUUUAUUUAUAAUGGAUAGCUCUAUCAGUUCUAAACUGUUCUCCCUAGAGGUCCAGAAAUGACAAUGGCACGCUUCUCACACGUGGCUGAAGAGAAUCGGACAACAUGCAGUAUUGCAUGAAAUGAGUCCGGGUGACGUCACUAUCACAUGUUAAUUUUCUGAAUUGUUUAUUUAGGCGAUCCAACUUGGUCCUACGGAAGCGUCACGGUAUUGGGUGUAUUGGGUACCCGCGCAGUACGUAGAUGCUAUUAAAGACACUAUCUUAGGAAAAUGGCAGCCUUUUUAGCGAUGCUUGCAUAUAGAUGGUUGAAGACGGUUCUAUGGCUAUGCGUUAUAUGUAAGUCGGGUUGCACUCCAAACGUGGUAGACCAGUAUAGCUAGUGUUCUACAAUAAGCUGCCGUGGUUUGUGUCAUGGCUCACUGAUAGUGCCUCUGAACAAAAUUCAUAACUUUAAUAAUAUCAAAAUUCGUAGUGGCGCACCGACGUAAAAAUCUCGCAACUUGUCGACAAGAUGUGUUCGUAACAGGCUUGUAGCAACCUUGUCAACAAGUUGUGGCAAUGCUAUCAUUUUAUUAAGUUGCUACAAGGUUGUCACUCACAAUUUGUUGACAAAUUGAUGAAUUGCAGGACGAUAACAAGUUGUUGGAACAACUUUGUAACAAGUCUGUUGAGCUCAGCAACCUUGUAGCAAGGUUGUGUCAACAAGCUGUGCGAAUACAUCUUGUUGACAAGUUGUUGGACCAGCAUUAACCAACUACAACUACACACGGAAAAAUCUCGCAACAAGCUUGUCAACAAGUUGCAACAGUGUUGUUAUUUCAUCAAGUUGCUACAAUAUUGUCACUCGCAAGUCGUUGACAAAUUGGUGAAUUGCAGGACGAUAACAAGUUGUAACAAGUCUGUUGAGCUCAACAACCUUGUAGCAAGUUGCGAAUACAUCUUGUUGACAAGUUGUUGGACCAGCAUAUUGCUACAAGUCUGCUGCAGGUUUGUUACAACUUGUGCGUUUUAACUACAACUAGUUCGGACACAAACCACGGCAGCUUAUUGUAUAAUACUAACUAUACUGGACCACCACGUUUGAGAUAUGCAGUUGCAUAUAAAGGCCCAUUUCCAAGAAAAUUUUCCGCAGAGAGAAAAUUUUGUAUAUUGUGAUAUUGGCCGACACAAAUUUUCAGUCGGAAAAAAAUUUUGAAGUUGAAAAUUUUCAACUUUUAACAAUGAUAUUUUCGGAAAAUUUUCUGUCCGUGGAAAUUUUUCUUGAGUGGAAAUGGCGACUUGACGACUUCUUGGUUUCGGGACACACAGAUGAUAACAGGACAUAAGGCUACGUUUCCACUAGUAUAUCGGAUAACUUUCCGUAGCGGCGCGAAAAAGCGCCUAUCCGAUACGGAAUGUACAACUUUCAGAAGCUGAGCGAAACAACAUCUCUCCGUUGCAAUAAUUCCUCUGAAAAUAGCGUUCCUAAAAGGUACGGAUACGUGUUUUUUCACGUCGCUACGGAAAGUUAUCAGGUUCACGUUGUAAACGCAGCCGAAAGGUACAUUAUAGUGAAGUUGAUUUUAGAGAGUUUGCAGUUGGGUAUAAACAACGUGUUAUGUUCAGUUUUGUUUUUGCAAAGCAAAGAGACGAUGUAAGAUACACAAAAAAUGAUUCAAUACAGAGCAAUGCUAUCUGGUAUAGUGUAAUUUAUAGUCGUACUGUACAUGAGAUUCAGUGUGCUUGCUAAACUGUCUAUUAACCACAUAUUGGCUUCGCUUUUUUCCACCUUGGUUAUAUGUAGCCCACUGGUGACCUCUGUGAAGAAAUGGGCUAAUUUUACCGUUCAUAUUUCACGUUGAAUCACUGGUAUUCCAUAUAAAUAAAGAAAUUAAGAAAUAGCUAUUCUUAAAUACAUUGUGCACACUUUUUGUGUGUGAUUUUGACAUAAACACUCGGUUUCUUUCACACAUCACCAGGCAACUUGGCCAUGCAAUAUCGGAUCUCAUUGAUUAAUGUGUCAGUACAGAACAGUAUUUCAUUCUUUGCUUAUUGUUGAUUUUCUUCGGUUGAAGCCAUUGCCU